AUGGUGAGCUGGGUGGAUGAUCGAUCAUGCCGUAUUAGGUUUCAUAAACUUCUGAUGAAUCCUUGCAAUGAGUAUUGUGCAGAUUGCCAAGCGAGAUAUCCUCAAUGGGCCUCAACAACGUUUGGUAUAUUCAUAUGUAUCAACUGUGCAGGGAUUCAUAGAGGUCUAGGGGUACACAUCUCGUUUGUUCGCUCAGUUACGAUGGACCGAUGGAAGGAAUCAGAUUUAAGGAGAAUGGAAGUUGGUGGUAACGACAAUUGUAAUAACUAUUUAAAAUUAAAUGGUAAGAUCGACAUCAAAGCUCAGGCAAGAUUCAAAUACGAUAAUGUGGUAGCAAAGGAUUAUACUAGACGAAUCGAUUGUCUAAUUAAUGAAACUCCUUUUAAGAAAGAAGAUUAUUCAAAAUUUCGCUGGUCUGAAUUUGUCAAGAGUUAUGAUUUAAUGAAAUCAACUAGUCCGAAACCUUUGAUUAACUAUCAAGGAUUUGGAAGUUCCCCUUCACCCAACAACAAUUCAGCUGUUAAUGGCUCAAAUAACAAGAGCGAUAAUAAUGAUAUGUAUAUGCAACGAAUAAAAACUCCAGAAAACUCAUCUAAUCAAAAUAAAUACGAAAAUAUACCGAAGGAAUCUAACACUUCAGUAACGAAAGGAUUAGGCAUUGUAUCUAAUGCAGUAUUUGGUACGGUAGGGAAAGUUACAGAUACCAUAAGAAAGCCAAGCUCACAUGACUCUUCUAUAAAUGACUCUAAUUUAAAUCCAAAUUCUUCUAUAAAUUCUACUUCACGUGCUUUGAAUAAUGAUUUUGCCACUAAUUUCAAUAAUUUCAAUAAUAAUAGUAGUAGUUCCACUAAUUCAAACUCAAGUUCCAAACGAGGUAAGUUUUUAAGAAGGAAAACUAUUUCGUUAAGUGGUCCAGUCUCCCCAGGUUCCCCAAACUCACCUGGUUCAGCAGGAUCAAGAUCUCCAACUACUUUAAAGAAGCAGUAUUCAUCAUUACCAAGAACUUUAUCAACUUCAAGAUUGGCAAGCCCUAGUUUACAUCUAAGUCAUUCAACAAAGGAGAAUGAUUCAUCUUUGGAUAAACAUCACGGAAAUUCUAAAAAAAAUAAGCAUAGAUCGAUGAUAUCUACUACGACAAGCAGUAAUUUAGAUAAUUCCACUAAAAGUAAAUCUAGCAAGGAUGGUACUCCAAAUCUUUUUACGGUUGCAUCAUCUACAACUAACUCAAGACAUUCAAUAAUAAUACAUAAGCAUUCACAACAUAGCAAAGAAUCGCCAAAUUCUUCGAAAUUCAGUCUAUCAAAGCAUAAUAGCCAUCAUCAUAGCAAUAACAGUAAUGAUCAUAACAACAGUAGUAAUACUACUAGUAGUACAGCAGCGAGUCCUAACAGUAAAUGA